AUGGCUCACACACCAACGAGAUACCCCGCCACCCCUCACUCCCCUCACCCUGAAAAUGCACAUCAGCAUUUCGUAGCCUCUCAAAUGCGUUCAACUCGUGGAUUUCAAGACUCACACCUACAGCCGGCACAGCAGCGCUUCGCCCCACCACCACAACCACCAGCCUUUCGCGAGAACCUCGGCCCUGGUGCCGGCACUGAUGGUUCGCGUCAACUGCGUCCUCCGACGCGCCAGGACCAUGACACGUUUCGCCCUGUGGUUUUGAACCAGCAGCCCACCCGUGGUCCACAACAGCAGCCACCUCCUUCCUAUGCACCCCCCAGCACACAGCCCGCAUACGCUGAAAAUGCGCCGCAUCCUCGUUUGGGCAGCAUCACCAAUAGCGUGGCUUUGCAGGGGAAUCCACGCCUGGACACGACCACAACACCAACAGCUCGAGAACCAGAGCCAGUACCCGCGGUGCCGCUGGUCAGUCCGACACCCAGAAAGAAGCGUACACCAACAGCAGCAGCAGGGCCGUUAAAAACGCAGCAAAUACUCCAGCAUCUGGUCGCGGGGCGCAAGAACCUGCAAGAAGAACAGGUCAACGCCGUUGACGUCUUUUCGUGUCGCAAUCACCGCAUUUAUUUGGUUCAAAUGCUCGUAAUUCUCUUCAGGCACUCGACCUUCAGCACAGUCAGCCAAUUAAGACUUGAAACCACUCCGAUUCGCUGGAGAGACGCCUACGAUGGACCUUGA